CCGCGGGUGUCGCGUUCGCGCGCGCGGAGCGGGAGGCGCCGGGGUGGGCGCCAGGAGCCCCGGGAGAAACUCACCGCCGCCUCGCGCGCGCCUGCUGCGGCGACAAGUUUGCAGGGCUGAGAGUUUCACUCUUCCCGUUGCCGGGGGUGCACUGAGGUGGAGGAAGUGUGACAGUGGUGGCUCUGAGUGGAACCCGCAGCUCGGAACUUGCGGUGGGCGGCAGGGGCCCUGCGCAGGCGCCCGCCCGGACCCGCCGCCCUUCAACAGGGACCCACCCUGGGCUGGCAGUGACGGUUGCGCCUUCUAGAAAAUACCGACUCCCGGGAAGGGUCUGCUCGCAAAGAACAGGGUCUAGACAGAGGCAGCGUUUCUAAAAUAAGAUCGGCUCUCUUGAGCACGUCAUUGUUUCUCCUUUGCAGUUACGACCAUGUACAGAGUUCCCAGUAGAGCCUGUCCAUGUUGGUCAGAAUAGCCCAUUAAGUGGCAAACCUUCAUCUCGGAGUUCUCUGCAUCUCUGGUGGUUUACCCCAGCCUACGAAUAUCACCUUCUUAUCCAUAAACAUGAGGAAUAUUCUCCAGUGGAGUCCACCAGAGGGCCUACAAGGAGCUGAAGUUACUUAUACUGUGCAGUAUUUCAUCAGAUAUGGGCAAAAGAAGUGGCUGAAUAAAUCCGAAUGCAGAAAUAUCAAUAGGACCUGCUGUGAUCUCUCUGUGGAAACUUCUGAUUACGAACAUCAAUAUUAUGCUAAAGUUAAGGCCACUUGGGAAAGGAAUUGCUCCAAAUGGGCAGAAACUGGACGAUUCUAUCCAUUCUUAGAAACACAAAUUGGCCCACCAAGGGUUGCUUUGACUACAGACGAGAAAUCCAUUUCUAUUGUUCUGACGGCUCCAGAGAAGUGGAAAAGAAAUCCAGAAGACAGUCCUAUUUCCAUGCAACAGAUAUACUCUAAUCUGAAGUAUAAUGUGUCCGUAUAUAAUACUAAAUCUAACAGAACGUGGUCCCAGGAUGUGACCAACCACACACUGGUGCUGAGCUGGCUGGAGCCAGACACUCUGUACUGCGUGCGCGUGGAGUCCUUCGUCCCAGGGCCUCCUCGCCUUGCUCAGCCUUCUGACAAGCAGUGUGUCCGUACUUUGAAAGACCAAGCAUCAGCAUUGAAGGUUAAAAUCAUCUUCUGGUAUGUUUUGCCCGUAUCUGUUACCGUGUUUCUUUUUUCCGUGAUGGGCUACUCCAUGUACAGAUAUAUCCAUGUUGGCAAAGAGAAACACCCAGCAAAUUUGAUUUUGAUUUAUGGAAAUGAGUUUGACAAAAGAUUCUUUGUACCUGCUGAAAAAAUUGUGCUGAAUUUCAUCACCCUCAAUAUUUUGGAGGAUCCUAACACUUCUCACAGGGAUGUAAGUGUAAGGGGGAAAAGCAGCGAGGUAUGGGACCUGAACGAGCCCAUCGAGAACCACGAGCCACCUCAGGAGGACAUGGAGGUGAAACACGUAGGGUAUGCUUUACAUUUGAUGGACACUUUCUGUGACUCUGAGGAAAGCGCCAAGGGUACAUCCCUAACCCAGCAAGAGUCACUGGGCAGAACAACCCCCGCAGACAAAGCUGUCAUUGAAUACGAAUAUGCUGUAAGAACUGCUGGCGUUUGUGCAGGGCCUGGAGAUCAAGAGCUCAAUCUGCAGGAGGACAUGUCCCUCCAAGAACAAUUCCUUGAGCACCAGGCAGCUUUGGCAGACCUGGGCUCCCAAACACCACGGUAUUCGUAUGCGCCUCAGCUGCGAGACUUGGACCAGCUGCUGCAGGAGCACGUGGACACGGACAAGGAGCCAGAUGGAGAGGCAUCGACCACACUGGUCGAUUGGGACCCUCGGACUGGCAGGCUGUGCAUACCGUCAUUCUCUAGCUUUGAACAUGACUCAGACGGAUGUGAGCAGCCUGCGUACAAGGAGCUCAUGGAGGAGGGCCUCUUGUCUAGAUUCUAUGAGGACCAGGCUCCAGAUGAGCCAUCGGAAGAAAAUGAAGCCUAUCUCAUGAAAUUUAUGGAGGAAUGGGGAUUGUAUGUGCAAAUGCAGGACUAACACCUGAACUUCCCUUUCCACACACCUGCUGUUACAAGACACAUGCUUGCAAACAUAGGAGUGACCAAACAAUAAAGGAUGUGGGAUGAAAGAA